UACAACAAAAUAACAAACAUCUUUUUAUAUUUUGCAGGAAAAUUCAAAGAACAAGCCACAUCUAAUUCCGCAUGGUUGCCUGUGUUGAACUCAAAAGUUCCUGAUCCACGUCCUGGCACAUGUAUCAACGACACUUCAGCCCUUCCGGACUCGGUGUUGAACUUUAUACGAAAACAUCCGCUAAUGGAUAAAGCUGUGGAUCAUGAGUUUGCCAAUCCAGUCUUUUUCAAACGUGAUAUUAUCCUUACCAAAUUGGUGGUCGACAAGAUUCGAAUAGAAAAACUGAAUCAAGAAUAUCUGGUAUAUUUCGCUGGCACGAAUACGGGUAGCAUUUAUAAAAUCGUGCAAUUCAUUAAGUACGGACAACGCCAUUCCAAUUUGCUCGAUAUCCUGGAGAUAGCGAAAAAUGAGCCCAUUAGAGAGAUGGAUCUAAGCCAAAAGACCGGCUCUCUUUAUAUAGCGACAGCGCACAGUGUGAAACAAAUCGACUUGGCAAUGUGCAAUCGACGGUAUGACAGUUGCUUCCGUUGCAUCACAGAUCCGUAUUGCGGCUGGGACAAGGAUGUGGGUGCUUGUCGUCCAUAUCAGUUAGGAUUGCUUCAGGACGUGGGCAAUGAAACAUCAGGCAUUUGCGAUACGAGUGUCCUGAAGAAAAGGAUAACAGCCUCGUAUGGACAAACAUUGCAUUUGUCGUGUUUUGUUCGUUUGCCGGAAGUUCUGCGACAGAAAGCGAUACGAUGGUAUCACCAUUCAACGGAAAAGGGAAGAUACGAAAUCACUUAUACACCAUCGAAGUAUAUUGAAACGUCAGAGGGUGGCUUGGUCCUGAUAUCGAUAAACGAGGGCGACAGCGGUCGUUAUGACAGUUAUUUGGAUGGCACGCUCCUUUGCAGCUAUAGCGUGAAUGUCGAUGCGCACAGGUGUACACCGCCAUCGAAAAAGAAUGAUUACCAGAAAAUUUAUUCACAUUGGUGCAACGAGUUUGAAAAAUACAAGUCUGCGAUGAAACAAUGGCAAGCGACGCAGGAGCAAUGCAACGCCAAGGAGAAGAAAAAUAGCAAACACAUAAACGAUGUACUCAGUGACGAGGCAACAGUCUGACCUCCUGGCAGUAUAACAACAAACAAAAGACUGACGUUUUAGCUUUUGAGAGACAAUAUUACAAUUUUAUUUUCGCAAAAAAAAAAUUAAUUUAAAAAAAUGAAAAAAAAUAAAUUUAACGAAUUCAGUGUAAACUAUCAUAAAAAAAAAAUAAAAAAAACUUCACACUCAAUCACAACAACAAAAUAAAAAUAACACAAUCCACACACAGAAAACAUUACAUAACGCAAAAACGAAACAACCAAAAUAUAACUAAAAAAAUAAAAAAAAACAACAAGAAAACAAAACAAUUCCUGCCAAUAUUUCUCUAUAUACUUCGAUAUAAAACAAAGGAUUAUUUUGCCAACUUGCCUACAGCCUAUAUUAUUACAACAAAAACUCAAAAAAACAAAAUAUAUUACAAAAAUACAAACUCUCUUAAAAAAACAACAAACAAACUCAAUUGACCCACUGCGCAUAUAAAUAAAUUAACAACAAUUGAAAAAACCACAUCGGAACAGGAAGCACCACCUUAUAAAAUAAAAAAACCUACAAAAACGUUUUCAAAACAUCAAAAGUUUAAAAACAACAAAAACCUAAAACCCAAAAGCUGCAUCUUCACACAAUAUGAUCAUCCAACAACAACAACCACAACAAAAAUCUACAUAAAAAUCAGAGAAAAAUAUGAUAAAAAAAAGAAUUUAUUUUUAAAAUUAACCUGUAAGUAUAUUUAAGUUUUUUAUUUAGAUAUUUUUGCAAAAUAAAAUUUAAAAAUUAAAAAAAAAUUAAAAUAAUAAAAACAACAAAAUGUAUAAAAACAAAAGUGGACCCUAAGCACACGAACAACAGAAAAACAAAUAUUUCUUUUCUUUUGUUUUUUUUUUUAAUUUGUUAUAAACUUUUAAGAGAAAUCUCAAUGUAAAUAGAAUAAUUUUAUUUUUAACAUUAACUCUUAAGCUUAGCAAUAAAUAAUUAAAAACAAACAAGAACUUAUAAAUGUUGUUGCGAAUUUUUCAUUUAAAAAUUUAUUUUACAAUUUUAUUUUUUUGAUUGUACAGAUUUUUCAAAAAUAAAAAAAAAAACAUAAAUAAACGCGCAAUAAAAAUUUUAAAAAUAGCAAAAUGAAACAGAGAGAGAUUAUGGAAAAUAGAAAGUGACACAAAAAAUCUAUAUAUAUAUUAUUAUUAUUAUAAAACAAAUCUAAGACAUAAGAAAGCAUUUAAAAAAUAUUUUUGUGAGUUAAUUUGUAUAAUGUUAUCUCGUUCAUGUACAAUUGCUGGCAAAUGGUUAUUCAAUACUUUGGUGGAUCGACUUUUAAAAUUAAAUAAAAUUACAAAUCCAGGAUAAAAUUUUGCUCAGUUUUACGAAAAAAAAAACAAAAAAUUUAAAAAUUUACAUAAAAUAUAAUUUUGAAAUGAGAUAAUUGAAACAACAAACAAAAACAAAUCAAGAUUAACCUCCGUCAAAGUGAUGGAUGAUUCCUUUGCAUACGAUGGCAAUGUAAUGUUUAUGAUAAGCAAUAAUAAAUUAAAUAAAUUUCAUGAAGCUUUUAUGAGUAAAAAAUAUAUAUGAAUAAAAAUAUAUGUGUAAAAUACAAUUUUUUCAAAAAAAUAGUUACUAGCAAAACCUGUUAUUGUAAAUUUGCCAAAAACAAUAGAAAAUAUUUUUUAAAAAAUCGAAUGAGGUUUUCACUUAUUUCAUUUAUUUAAAGUAAAAUAUUUAUCGUCCUUAAAUUUUGUUUUAAAAAACCUAUUCUCACUUUUUUUAAAAACCUACAAUUUAAAGUCUAUCAUCUCAUGUAAAGUAUUAUAACAAUAUUUAUUUUAAAUUAAUUUCUUAAAAAUUAAAUUUAUAUUUCUUAAUAAAUUUUGUUUUCAUCAUGAACCUCAUUCCAUCCAAAAAGAAUCUAAUUUUUCGAAAAACCUUCAAUAAAACAAUAUAUAAAAAAAUACAAGAAAUCCGUACUAGAACUAAAUAAAAGAUUUAAAUUUAAAAAAUUUAAAAAAAUGAUUUUUGUACUUAAAUAUAAAAAACAAAAAAUAAAAACUUACUUCAUAAAUUAAAAUAAAUCUUAAUAUAAAAAAUCUUACAUAUAAGUACAUACAUAUUAAAAAAAUAAAUAAAAAGUAAAUAUUUUUUUCUAGGCGCUUUAAAAUGUGUAUAAAUAAUAAAACAAAAAAUUUAAGUAUUCAGAUAUAAAUUUAAAAAAAAAAAAUACUGCUAAAAUUUAUUAAUUAAGUUUUUAUUCUGUGGAUGUUUUAGUCUUGGUACGAAUGAAAUGAAUUAAAAAAAAAAUAAUUAUGAUGUGAGCGGCCUUUUGAAUGAGUGUAGUAAAUGGAAAUUAAAAAAUAAAAAUUAUAUGUAUGUAUAAAAAUUAUAUAUAUAUAUAAAAUUGUAUAAUAUUAAAUCUAUUGUGAAAUGUUUUGUAUGACAAUCACAUGAUGGAAAGUUUUCUAAGAAAAAAAAAAAUAAUUGAAAUUAAUAUUAAAAAUAACAUGAAAAAAGUGGAAAAAUAAAAUUAUAUAGUUAAACAUAAUAAAACUGAAGAAAUAUAAACAGAAACAAAACAAACACCUAACAAAAAUAUAACAAAAACCAACAAAUAACACAAAACAAAACAAAAAAAAACCGAGAAAGUUUCAUGAAAACGGGG